AAAGGACAAAUCCCAAUAUGUGGCUCAGUCUACAGCACAAGAAUUGGGACAGAUGGAGCUCUUACAGGAUCUAUUGGUUUGUGUUCUGCUUCUGUCGGCUUUAGGAAAUGUGGUUUCUAUAAAUAAUGAGGAGGUUAUUGAAGGAGAAUCUGUGUCUCUCAGUGUAAAGCUGAACCUAUCUGAAUAUCAGAUGAUAAUAUGGAAGUUUGAUACAUACAAUCUGGUUGCAUUAGAAACAAUGAACAACACUCCAAUUUGUUUUCCGGAGUAUGAAGGGAGAUGCACCUUGUUCGAAAAUGCAACGCUGCAGCUGGACAAUCUGACCCCUGCAGACCAGGGCAAUUACACAGUCACUGUACUGGAUGUGGAAACAGGAUUGUCCAUGUCAGGAUCAGUCUAUCUCACAGUACUGAGUAACACUAUGAAUACCACUGAGGACCCCAGCACCCAGAAUACAACCUCAGAUGAAUUAACAACUGCUUCAGACAUUAGUCAAGUUCCAGAAUAUAAUCCAGCAACCACUACAGAUUAUGAUCCAAUCACAGAGUAUGAUCCAGCCACUACAGUUUCCACAUAUAAUCCAGACUCAGAAUUUACUAUAGUUACCAUUCCAGAACCCGACUAUUACCCAGUUACCAUUCCAGAACCCGACUAUUACCCAGGUCCAUUAUUGAAUCCAGGAUAUGAUCCAGAUUAUAAUCCAGAAUAUGAGCCAGAAUAUAAUCCAGAGAAUGAUACAUCCACAGAGAAUCCAGAAUAUGAGCCAGAGAAUGAUACAUCAACAGAGAAUCCAGAGUGACAAUACAUUGCUUGAAUUAAAGUUGCUCUCAGUUCCAGUCUUUGGUCCACACGAUCCUUUGGAUUCAUCACUAAACACUGUAUU